GGGCCAGCGACCCGAUUCGGCGGGUCCCUGCUCCGAUGGCAUGCCGACUUGGCGCCGUGAAAAGGUCAUCAAGCCAGGGUUUCUUGGCGGUUCAACAGCAAUGGCUGUCGAUCCCAACCCUUCGUAAAAACCCAACAACAUGCUGUAAAUACCUAUCCACGUACAGACAUCCAACCUGUGGGCGAGAUGCUUUGUUAGGCUGGGGCGAGCUACGCCGAUGCGGCCCAGAAGCAGCAUGGAUAAGACGGCGCAAAGUGAAGCCUCCACCUGUCUCCCGUUUUAAACCCCACUCCACUCCCAGUCCUCCUCGAACUGACUCACCGUCAAACAUCCAUUGAACUCAACCGUUCGGGACGGCCCCUAUACUCACCAUGGCGACCACGGCCCUCUUCAUAAUUGACAUCCAGAAUGACCUCGCGACAGACCCAAAGACGCAGAUCCCCUAUGCUGAGCGAAUCCGAGAAGCCGGCGACAAGAUCCUGUCCGCUGCACGCAGAAUCGUAGACUCACAGCAAGAUGCCCAGCCUUCACCAGUCCUCGUCUUCGUGCAGCACGAAGAGAAACCCGAAGACGGCCCUCUUAUCCGGGGCAGCGAUGCUUGGGGAUUAGUCUUUGAGCCCCGUGCAGACUGCCGGUCCGAGAUGCUGGUCCACAAGAACACCCGUAUGUCAUGUUCACCAACAGUGACAAUCCCCGCGGUUCUCGUCCUACUUACUGACUCCAUGGCAGGCGACACGUUCCAGUCGAACCCGGACCUGGCCUCAACCCUCAAAGGCAUGGGUAUAGACGAGGUUGUGGCCUUUGGUAUCCAGAGCGAGUGCUGCGUUGAGUCGACGUGCAACGGCGCCCUUGCGGCGGGAUUCAAGGUUACCUUGCUGUCGGGGGCGCAUUCGACUUAUGAUGUUGGGGGUAAGACCGCUGUCGAGGUUGAGAAGGAGGUUGAAGAGCGGUUACGGGCGAAGGGGGCGAGAAUUGUUGACUGGAAGGAUGCGGUUGCAGGGUGGGAGAGGACUGGUAGUCUGUCAUGCUCUUCCUGAAGGUUUCUAGUCAAGUUCCCGAAAUAUUCGGCCGCUGGUCUAUGCUCUGUUUUACAAGCGACCAGCACUUCUUCAUACCCGUUCCCAUCGUUACGAGGGCCUCCUGCGAAGCCCAUCUUUGGUGUGCGUCCAGCUCAAAGACUGGCUUCCCCGGUUUAGCAGUAUCAUCUAAGUCGAAAAGGUGGACGUGCAUGGUCAACCGAAGAUGCGAAAACUGCCAGGGGAUGCUUCCAAGUUCUCCAAGAUGUCUGAGCGCCGGGGCUGGCCGAGGGUUUGUUCCCUUGGCUUCUUUCGUGGUGACAAGGCUCGAAGCGUAUGACAUGGCCAUUCUCUUCCUCUUGGCCGCGCUGACGUUCGAGUCUGGAAGAACACAGCUAGGCAUUUCCCAUAGCCCUGCGAGGAGCCCCUUGUCUGGUCGUUUGUGAAUCAAGAA